AUGCUGUCCCGAAACACAUUAUCGGGACACCGGGACGUCAUACUCAAAACCGGUACUGUCCCGGCCAAACCGGUACGUACGGCAACCCUAGACGUAUCACGUGUUGAACAACUGUCAUUGUGUGUACGUUAUUUAGACAAUAAUUUAAAUAUUGAAAAAAAUGAAAUCAACAAUUAUGUAUUGAAAGAAGACUUCUUACAAUUUGUACCGGUAAAUUCUACCACUUGUCAAAAUUUGGCCACAGUAAUCCUAGUUACGUUAAAAAAUCUUGGUAUAAAAUGUGACUAUUUACUUGGCCAAGGCUAUGAUGGCGCCGCAGCCAUGAGUGGUAAUUUUAAAGGAGUACAGUCUGUUAUAAGAGAAGUACAUCCCGCUGCACUUUAUGUCCACUGUAGUGCACAUUCGUUAAAUUUAGCACUUGCUCAUUCGUCAAACAUUCACCAUAUUCGAAAUUGUAUAGGAAUAAUAAAAUCAGUAAGAAAUUUUAUUAAAAUAUCGGCUAAACGAACUGAAUUAUUAAAAAAUAAAAUAAAAGAAUUUCUUCCUGAAACUAAAUGGACAAAAUUAACUUCAAUGUGUGAGACUAGGUGGGUUGAAAAUCAUGAUGGUAUGCUUAGAUUUUCAGAAAUAUAUAAACCUAUUGUUGCAACAUUAAAAGAACUACAAUUAUUUAUUGACAUUGAAACAUCAUCUAAAGCUUUACAGUUAUAUAGGUAUGUAACAACUAGUAAAUUUAUAAUAAGUAUGAUAACUGCGACCACACUUUUUUCUAUAACUUUGCCAUUAUGUAAAAUAUUUCAGUCGGUGAAAUGUGAUUUAAGUGAAGCAGUAGAUCAUGUUGAAACUGUUUUAAGUGAAGUGAAAGAUAUGCGAACAAAUAUUAAUGAAAAUUUCAAAAAAAUAUUCAAUAAAUCAGAACAAUUGUUCAUAUCCGUGAACGAGGAAGAAUAA